AUGGCGAUGGCAUCAAGCCAGCUCCCUGAUGGCAGCAAAGCACGAGAUGGGGUCACCUCCCUCGACGGCCUCCUAGCGGCACAACCCGCCCUACGCGCCUCCCGAUCCGCCGCCACCACCUUCCCACCGCGGAUCCACCGGCCGCUUCCGCCGCGGCCUCCGCUCAGCCCAGGCCUCUCCCUCGGCGGCCGCUUCGGCACCGAGGCCAAGCGCCAGUGCCUAUCGCGCUCCUCAUACAUCGCCUCCAUCUACUCCGUCUCCUCCCUCGACGGGGAAGCCGACGCCGACCUGUCCCCGGCUGCGUUGCUCCCGUUGCUGCGCACCAGCUCGCUGCUAACCGGCAGGGACGAUGCACCCGAACAAGCCCGAGAUGGGGGCAGCGUGCAGCGGCUGCAGUCCUGCAGCACGCACAGCGCUAGAUCCAUCCACGAAGAACUUCUAGGGCAGCACGGCGUGCGCCCGGUACCCGUGCCCACCAUCGCGGCUGAAGCCCGACACAUUGGGUCGAGCAGGGAGGAGGAGGCGGCAGCAGCUUGUGCCGCCGUAGUCUGGGAGCUCGGCGUCGCUCGGCCACUCGAGUCGAGCGUGGUGUGGUGGUCAGCUCCAGGGUUUCGUCCAUGGGAGCUGCUGCUGCGCUGCACGGCACUGCUGUCAAUCCCUUGCAUCAAUUGUUGUAUUUGGACUCAGAUAAGUUCACUAAUCAACCCCAAGUCCUUGUUCUUCCCAGUUUUCAGUAUCUACCAUUGCUCUGUUGUGCUUCAGUUUUUGAUGCUUUACUGAAAUUUAGGGUUCCCUACUUGAAUUGAUGUGUGGUAUAGCUAAUCUGGUGCAUUUAUUUUGUGGAUCAAUUCCCUUGAUUACUUGCUGGUAGAGUUACUACAUACGGAAAAAAGAACUUCCUCUGGUCAUGAAAGUUUUCUCAAUCAGUUUUCCUGAAAUGAAGCCCCAGCAACCAAUUUGUUAAUUGAUUUGCUGUCGGAACCCAUCCAAUACUGACUCUCGAUGUUAUGAAACAGUUGGAUUCCUGAAUAAUUAUGCUGAACUAAAUUUAUUUGAUUUAUUUCCAAUGGUUACUUUGUCAGUUGUGACACGAGAAGCCAGUUCAUGAAUCUGCGCUUGCCGUGCUUUAAAUACCUGUGUUGGUGAAUCUGUGCUUGCCAUGCUUUAAAUACCUGUGUUGGUGUAGUGAAUAAUUAGCACCUGUUUUAGGACAUUUCGUUACGACUAGCACCUGUUGGAGGGCAAUUAUCUUGCUAUCCUCUUUCAUUUCCAUUGAGAGGUGAUUCAGCUCUAUGAACCCCUUUUCAAUCCUUGAUUCUUCCCAAGAGCUAAAUUGAUAGGUCAAAUAUCUUAAUUUUUAUAAUGCAGUCUGGUGGAGAGACCAAGUCCAUAAAUUAUCUCUGAGAGCUGCUUUUCUUCCCUGUUCAUCUCCAGCUCUUCCACUGAGAAUUGUCUCAUAGAAAGUACAUAUAAAGGGAAGGGGCAAAAUAUGACAGAGCUUACGACUUAUGUAGUAGAAUAAUCGAAAUCAUGGUCCUUGCUUCUAAGCCAUCUCUAGGUAUUAAUCCAAUGCUAAAUUUAAAACUUUGAUUGAAGUCCUCAGUCUAAUUAUUUAAUUUCACUCUACUAAAUCAUUUAUUAAAAUAUUUU